CUUGUUUAUGUUUUCAAGAAGGUAAGUUUAUUGAAUAAUGUAAAUACUCUAUUAAUAUUUUUUAAAUUAUCCACAGGUUCUACGAUUAAAUGUUGGGAGUGUAGAUCUGACUAUUAUAAUAAAUGUUCAGAUACUUUCAAUAAUGAAACUUUUGCUAUAACGGAAUGUGAAAUUGCGCUUCGCAACUUUCGAGGAAAUACAGCUGACAUGGCCUGCAUGAAGAUUCAUCAAAUCGAGAGAGGCCAAAAUGUAUUAAUAAGAAGAUGUGGCUUUAUUAACGAAACUGACAGUACAGAUCCUUCGAAUUGUUUGCGGAGACCUUGUAAUCCUAAUGAUUGUUAUGAAAAAAUGUGCUCUGAUGAUUGUUAUGCUGAUUACUGUUCCUGCCACGAUAAGGAUGGUUGUAACUCUUCUACUAAUCUAAAGAUGUCUAUGAUAUCUUGGGUUUUACUUUUUACAUUUUUAUUAUUUGUUAUAAUUUGA